UCUUCCACAUUCAAUCAAAUCAUUCUCAAAAUAAUCCCCAAUUUUCAAUCAGAUCAACAUGGCCGGAACCCUAACAACCUCCGCCGGAGCAACCUCUCUCCGAUUCUUCAACAACCGCCGCUUAUCACCGGCAAAUUCAACCGAAUGGACAUCAAAUGUACAUAUCAGAAACCAAAACUACACUCCUAAAGCAUCACUUCAUGCAGUAAUCGAUGAACCGUUCGUUGAAUCCACUACAAUGAAAACAACGAGUUUAUAUGACGUUUUGAAUGUGAACAGAAACGCAACGGCUUCCGAGAUCAAAUCUGCGUACCGGAGUUUAGCGAAACGGUAUCAUCCGGAUGCUUCCGGUUCGAACCGGAAUGAUGAUCGUGAUUUUAUUGAGAUUCGGAAUGCUUAUGUUACGUUGUCGGAUCCGACUUCACGAGCGUUGUAUGAUUUGAAGUUGAGGACUGGAUUUGAACGGCGAGCGGGAGUGUAUAACGGUGCCGGAGUUUAUGCCGGACGGCGGUGGGAGACUGAUCAGUGUUGGUAGAGUAGUGUUAACUUGGAUUUGUUUUAGUUGUAAGAAGAUUGGAUUAAAAUAUUCAAAUGUAAUCCUAAUUUUUAACCAUUAGUUCUUGUCAAAACUAUAAUAUGUUGGGGAUAUUAACUGAAAUUACAUAUUACAUUACGCAUAA